CAGUUGUUUUGACGCACAGCACUGACACAGGCGUUCUCCUGUCAGACUGGAUGUUACGCUAGUGAAUGAUCUAUCUUGACAGCAGCAAAUCAAGGGAGAAGCGGCCAUGUUGAGGGACAGCAGCUCCAGGGUCUGCUCUGAAGGGAGGUACGAGACGCCCUCUGCGUACGACCUGCAGAGACUGAUGUGGGUGCGGAGCGGGUCCAACUCCAGCCUGGACGAGGUCCGGCCCGGGAUCUACAUCGGCGACAUGUGGGCGGCCAAAGACAAGAGGAAGCUCCAGGCCCACCGCAUCACCCACGUCCUGAACGCCGCGGACGGGAAGUUCAACGUGUGCACAGGGGCCAGCUUCUACAGGGACACCAACAUCAGCUACCACGGCGUGGAGGCCUUCGACAUGCCCUCCUUCGACCUGAGCCCCUUCUUCUACUCCUCCGCCCAGUUCAUCAAGAAUGCCUUGAGCACCCCGGGAGGUAAAGUCUUCGUCCACUGUGCGAUGGGCCUGAGCCGCUCGGCCACACUGGUGCUGGCCUACCUGAUGAUCCACGAGAACAUGACCUUGGUGGAGGCCAUCAAGGCCGUGGCAGAGAACAGGAACAUCAGUCCCAACUCCGGCUUCCUGGAGCAACUCCGCAAGCUCGACCAGCGGCUACACUGCCUGGGAAAAUGAUCAGAAACACGGACAGAAUGAUGACCUCCCUCAAAACAAGACUCUUUGGGUCCCUCUGCAAUGGCUAGAUCAUUAUCUGGCCCACAGCAGUCAGUCACUCACAGUGGGAGAAUGUGUGCUUUUAUUAGCUUUGAACCUUUUUGUAUUCCCAGAGAAGAUGCAUCUGUUUCCCAUGAGUAAUCUACAUAUUAUCAAUAAAAUAAUCGUCCAUUUAA